AUGAACGAGCUAAAGCAAGAGAUAAACAACAUGAUAGCAAACAACAUGUUUAGAAAGUCCACUCGGAAAGGCGCAAAGAGCACAGAGGAGAAAAUACUUAGAAUAAUGAGCAGCGGAGGCGGGACCCCUGCGUCAACAAUUUCCGCCAUACAGCAGAGCCUUGUGUAUUUUUUCAAGAUGAUGGCCAGGGCCACGCCGUCCGAGUUUAGCGGCUCACAGCAGGACAGAGAGGCGUACAUGUGGGCCACCAGAAACGCUUUCCCCAUAGACUGCAGAAGCAAGAAGUACCAAAUGCUGGGAUUUUUGGUAAACAUGCACGUGUCUGGAAAAGAGCGGGACAGCACGGGGGAAAGAGUCGACAACAAGCUGAUAGACGAGUUCUGCGACAUUGUUCAGGAAGAGCUGGUUUUUUGGAUGGACACGUACAAGUUCUGCCAGAUGCUGGACGCUCCCAGCGAGCAGGCUCUGGGCGCAGGGCCUAAGGAGCACCGGAAGCUUUUGGAAACAGCGCUGGACACCACGAAGGUCUAUGCGUACAAAAUACAGCAAAUACGCAACAUUAUUCCGUUCCUUGAGCUGCGCUGUAAGAAGGUUUCGUACCGGCACAUUCUGGAGGACGGCACAGAGCUGAUUGCCGACAAAAUAAAAGAAAGCGAGUUCCCUCUAAGCGUGCUUAUAGACACAGCCAUGAAAAGAGUAGAGAAAAACCUUGAAAACGAGGGGUGGGACCCAAGCAUGUGCAGUGACGUGAGGUUCCUGAAGGGGAUUUCAGAAAGAUGGCACGGGCACAACACAUUCUGCUACAACCUGGGCCCUGAGUACUACAUGGACAUCCUGAACGCGUACAAAGAAAAAAACACCAAGGAGAUCACCUGGAAGAUUGCAGACUACAAGGAGUAUGUGAACGGCCUGCAGUAUGUGCACAUGCCGCUCUCAGAGUGCACCUCGCGGAGCAGAAUCUAUGCCGAGGGCGACCCUGGCGCGCGCGCGCUGUUUUCCCAGUCGGAAGGCUUCGAGCCGAUAAAAGACACAGAGACUGUUUUGGCGUCAGUGAGCGCUUUGGAGGUGGAGAGCGCAAGCUACAUUUCAAGGUCGCAGAUAGUGUUCAACUUCAUCACGUCCACGAUUUUGGGGAUGACCUCGCUGUUUUUCAUGUUUGCCAGCGCGUUUCUCGCCCUGGACAUUCUCCCAAACACGCCUGGCAGCCUAGAAGGGCAUGCACGCUGGAAUGCAGUGAGCAUUCUGCUCUUUUUGGGGUGGAGGUUCCUGUGCAGCACAACCUUUUUCACAUGCCUGUACGUCAUCCACAAGCAAAUCGAAAGGUUUUACGGCCUGUUAGGAAGGCCUGCGCCUGCGCUGGGAAAGACAAUUUUCCUUAUUGCCGUGGUUCUGGUCUCUGUAAUCUCCGGAUACUUGCUGUGCCACUUUGUUCCAAACCUUACAGAGCAGCAGAACACCAUUGUUGUUCUGUAUGUGAUGGGCGGGCUGUUCAAAAUCUCGAAUAUUAUCGACAUUGUGGUCCGGCGGUCUGUGUACAAGACAAAAAAGGUGUUUUCCAGCACAUGGCCAGCCACUGUCGCCUCGGUGCUGAUAUUCCUAAUUAUUUUCUUCUUAAAGGACGUGAAAAACACAUUGAGCGAGCCGGUAGAAGGCUAG